AGUUAAUUCAGAGAAGUUUCACGCGGAGGGAGUAUGGUUAAUUGAUAUUAUUUUGCACCAGUUGCGGAUACUGCGCACGUAAACUCUGUUUGAGUAUUUUUAUUGUGUAGUAGGCUGCAAGGGUUGGAAGAGGUAGCGAAGGGGGCAGCACCUGUUGUGAUGGUAGAGAACGCCGAGCGCCCGACGAGCAGUCUACCAUUCACAAGUUCGGUUUUGUUGCUUACAGUUCUUUUGUAUAUAUUAUACAUACAUAUUUUUCUAAUUUAUAAGCACGAGCACUUUGCACUAAAUACGUACAUCCGGAGCACUGCGAGCACAUUGUCACUAUCACCGCAAUAAUUUUAUUUCGCUUUAAUUUUUAUUCACUAUUUUUUUCUCUUAAAUUUUUUUUUCAGAAAAAAUUCAAUAAAACCAUGAACUGUUCAUAUAUAGCUGGGCUAGUCGUAUUGCUGGAAGUAUUUCACAUUGUUUCGUCAAAAGGCUCUAGAGAGUUAUCAGCACCAAGUGGCGACGACGAAAGUAGUGAGCCUAGUUGCGACGAGUUGCGCAAAAUGUGGAGACACACGAAACGCGAAAUGCAGCAAAAGACAGAGGUGCCGAUGCCUCGAUACAAAUCGUCCAGAUAUCACGAGCCUUUCUCGUACGGUUGGAAGGCUCAAGCUAGGCCGAGAAAUGCCAUGAAGUACUCGAAACCGGUCUACGGCCGGUUAGUGCAUUCGCCGGAUAAAUUCAUGUACCGGAACAAUAUACCGGAUCGGUUUAGAUCGUUCGAUCAAGUAGCACGAAUGGUAGGUGGUGGGUCAUCGUACUAUACGCCUACGUUGACCGCUCCAGCCAAACCGACAUUUUUUCGGCUCGAGUAUCCGGUCAGAAGACCGGUUCUGCCGGUGAGAAUUUCACAUAUAGGCAGAUUUCACGAGUUACAAAAUAUUUUAAGAAAUGAACGUGCCGAAGAUCUGCAGACUGUUAAAUCGAAAGAUAAUACCGAAUCGAACGAUAGCUCCGGAACAAAUACAGAUUCGACAGGAAGUGGAUACGCCGCUUUUCCUUAUCAACAAUCACGUGUCGAAGAAGAUGACGUCACUGCCGUCAAUUCAAGAGGGAGAAAAUUACGCGGUACAAAUUCAGAUAUACUAGACGAACAAAGCGCAUUUACUGGAAAUGGGGAUGAAGGUUCAUUAAGUAUCGAUUUAAGUGAAGACGGAGAUAGCAUAUCAUCAACCAGUAAACCGAUGCUGUUGGAUGAUAUCCCUCGCAGGUGGGCUUCGGGGGAAUGGAAACGAUAAACGGACCACCCGAACACCCGUAAUUAGUUAAUUAUUUAUGAAUUCAUCGUGGUUUUGUUCUGAACGUUUACUUUCCUCCCUUCCUUCUCAGUGGUUUAUCAAUUUAUUUUAAUUUUGUUUCCAAUUUGGUAUUCGCUUCGCAUUACCUAAAGUCGAAACGAAACUGUCGAUAUACCUAGCUGUAACUUAUUUUUCACCAAAGUGCUUCUUUUCUAAUCGAAUUUCCAUUGAACAGCGAAAAAACACGUUCUAUUUCGGAUACAAUAUGUACCUAACUACUACAUAGCUAUGCUACAGGGUGUUCUUUAAAUAUCUAUCGUAUUUCGACGCGUUGAUUGAGUGAUCUGAGUAGCAUUUGUGUGUUAUUUGGUGGGGGGAAGGGGAUAAACAAGUUUCAGGGAGAAGAGUGUUGGAGUUUCGAGUCGUUUCCUUGUCAGAAAACAAAUCUUGCUUUUUUUGAGAAUCAGACAAUCUAAAUUAUUAUUAGAUGGCAGGUACUAAUCUUUUUUUUCUACAAUGUGAUCCAGUCAGCAUUACCUACUUAUUUGCAAACCAAAGUGGAAAUUAACCUCGAAUCCUAAAAAACGUGUAUUUUAACUCGUCGAGAAGUAAAAUUGUAUCUUUUCUGGUUUUUAGAGUUUUAAAAACGGAGUUUCAAUUUUUCAUCCUCUCGACUUGACCUCUUAAUUUGCCUUCGAAACAUUUUAUGAAAAAUAUUUAUCAAAGUAAACGACGAGUCAAACCUGCAAUUUUGAAGGAAAAUGCCCUCGAAUUUCUCCAAUUUAUUUAUCAAUAUUCAAAACAAAGUUUUUUUCAUUUUUUUUUUUUUUUUUUUUUUUUUUAGAAAAAUGUGCAAGAAGAUUUUGAAUAAAACGAAAGGGAUUUUCGGAUCAAACAUGGUCGCUUUUGCAAUCAUGAAACGAGUACUUCUUGAGUAGAGAAACAACCAUACACGAAUGUUAUUGAGAUUGCUUCGUCUAACAUUCGAAGAAACUUUAUGUAGGUAGGUGGGUAGUUAGGGAACACCCUGUAUUCGGCGACAAUAUUUGACUGAUAGAAAUACAGAUAGUCUAUAUACCUUCGUAGGGUUCUCCCAGGCGUAUAUUAUCGUCACAAAUUGAGUUAUAAAACUUUCAAUUCUCUUUACCAAAUAAAUUUUCUCAUAUGAACUAUUUCAGGCUUUCCUUGAAGAACUUAUUACAGUUUGUAAUGAAAAAAAAAAAAAAGCUUUGAUAUCAUUCAGAAACGUGUAAGAAAAUCAUCAAAGCAGGAAGUGUGCGCAAAUAUAUGAGUUAUGUUCUUCAAAUCACAAAAUGUGUUUGGGAAUAAGUUAUUGGAUCAAAUUCAGAAAUUCUGUAUUAAAAAAAAUGUAUUAUAGGUACUUUUCAUGACAAAUUUUUUUACAUUACGCUUAUCUCAAGUGUUUUGGAAAUUCCAAACGUAAAAGCAAACCUAUAAAAUAUCUUUCUUUGGCAAAUGUGUACCAUAUCUCGUUACUGAAUGAAUUUAAAAGCUUCGAAAACGAACGUAUAGCAACAUUUAGUUUUGAAUAAAGGAAAAAAAAGGAAUCUCAUAUCUUUCAUACAUAUCAGUUUUAUUUUUUCUAUCAGUAUCUAGAGGCUGUGAUAGUUGCUUUUCCUGUGUGCACUCCUGUUUAAUGGAAAUUCAUACUUGUACUGUAUCUUUUACAGCUGUAUGUACUAUCUACUUACUUAAGAAUUGACGUCAAAAUUUUGUUUUGUUUCUUUGAAUUUAAAUCGAUAAUGCAAAAGAAUGGUGGGUUACAGCGUGCAAAGCUCACAUCUUUAAUUUAGUUACCUAUUAUACGUAAGAUGUCUAAUUCAAAUUCAAAUUUCUCUAUCGACAAUACUUCUAAGAACGUACCAGAGAGUCGAGAUGUGUAGAAAUGAAAUCAUUUUACAUAAAUAUUUAUUGCAUAUUAAAUAUGUAUUUUUAAUUUUUUUUUUUUAAAUCAUCUCUUUAUUUUUCUUUUAUAUUAUACCGUACCUAUUGAAAAAAAAAAAAAAAAAAAAAAAAACAUAAACAA